GUAUCCAGACCCAGAGAGAUAGCUAGGGAGUUGUCACACACCUGGUCCACGGGAACGAACGACGGCAAGGUGCCAAUGGGGAAGAGGAAGCGGAUCGGGGAACCGAGAAAGACGACGCGGCUGCUGACCCAGGAGGAGGUACAAUCGCACAGAGUCUUCAUGGAGGAAGAAAUCGGUGACCCCGAGAGGUAUCUCCGCUUCCUCCCAAAGGACGACGCAGAGCAAAUCCGUCAGGUCACGAAGGAGAUCGACAUCAAGAAGCUGAAGCUAAACACAGCCAAGCUCCUGCACAAGUACGACACCAAUGGCUACGCCGAAGUCCCCCUAGUCCCUGCCAUCACCAUUGAAGAACCUGGCCAUGUGUCGGAGGCGAGGGUCACCCGCCUCCGGCAGUUCAUGGAGCACAAAUUCUGUCUAAUCCCUAAGAGUUCGUCCUUGUUUUCAGAGUCUCAAGCUUUCACUGCUGAAGAGCCUGGCCGGGUGUCCGAGAGUCUCAAGCCCAGGUGAUGAGAAACUUCAAUCGCGUUUUCUCCAAGGCGGAAGUGGAGUUGAAGGCUCACGUUGCAAAUGCUCUCAAGGAGUAUGACGCCAAGGGCUACCUCGAGUGCACCGUCGAUGGUAAGAUCAAGGUGUCUCUGCCUCGCGUAGAUUAGUAAUCGAGACCGCUAAAAAUCAGUCAACUGAGAUUUAACCAAGUCUCAGUUGACCAUGCAACAUUUUAUGUCAUCGUUUACAACAUUUUUUCUACCUGUUGCAAUAUCUGUCUUGUUGGUUGUAGCAUGUCCUUCCUCAUCGGUUGUAGCACGUCAUCUCAUCGGUUGCAACAUCUUUUAUUGACCGGUUGUAGCAUUUCAGUUAGAACGGUUGUAGCAUUUAUUAUUUUUGCUUACAAUAUCGUUUUGUAGCAUCCAUUCGUGCCGCUUGUAGCAUCCAUUCGUGCCGCUUGUAGCAAAAAAAACACGCUGACAUCAGUCGACUGAGUUCUAGACACCUGUUCUUCGUUGGACACUUGUCGAACUAUAUAUACUAGUAGAUUUUUUUACGAGAGAAACCUCCGAUCUAUUCAUAUUCAAUCGUGGCAGUACAAUAAACACAAGAAAUAAUGAAAAUUACAUCCAGAUCCGUCGUCCAUCUAGCGACGAUUACAAGCACCGAAGCAAGCCGAAGGCACGUCGCCGUCAUCGUCCCUCCUUCGCCGGAGCCGGGCAAAACUUCUUGUAGUAGAAGUCGGGAAGUCGGCGUGCUAAGGCCCCAUAGGACCAGCGCAGCAAAACAACAACCGUCGUCGAUAGCGUAGAUCCAAGCAAAUCCACCAAGGACAGAUUCAUAUAUAUGACAUAAACUUGGUAUUAUUAAAGUACAUUUCAAAAUGGAACUAAUGAUACUAAUUUAAUGCCAUAAAUGUUAUUACUUUUCCCUAUAAAACUGAUCAAAAAUUUAAAAGUUUGAAUUAAUACAAAAGCUAUAAGUACACUUAUUCGCGGACGGAGAGAGUAUGUUACUAGUGUGAUGCGUAUGUCACUAGUCAUAUAAUGCAAAGUGCCAUAGAAGUAGUAUUAUAUAUAGU